UGAUUCAGGGGCAGCAACAGCCAAUUCCAAACCAUACCAGACCGAUCCAUACCAGGGAGAACGUUCUACUACUACUGCUGAGACAGGAGAGAGAGACAGUCCCUUUUCGACGGCAUUUUUCCUCAUUCUUUAGGUCGUCUUAAUCAAUUGACUUCUGAUUCGCAACAGUUGUUAUCAAUUUCAAUCAAUCAGUUGUCGUCUUGCCCGAUUUCACCUCCACCUACCUUCCCCUUUAUCAUCAUGGCCACGACUUCGGAAACUGCUUCUCCUAUUGGCAUUGCCAAUCUCCCUAAUCAGCGACACAAGAUUGUCGCUAAGCGGGGUGCGGCUUUCACUAUCAUGGUUGCUGGAGAAUCGGGAUUGGGAAAGACCACGUUUAUCAACACCCUGUUUUCGACCACUAUCAAGAACUAUGCCGAUCACAAGCGUCGCCAUCAGAAGCAGAUCGACCGGACGGUUGAGAUUGAGAUUACCAAGGCAGAGCUAGAGGAGAAGUUCUUCAAAGUCCGUCUGACCGUCAUUGAUACCCCCGGCUUCGGCGACUAUGUGAACAACCGUGACUCCUGGCAGCCAAUUAUCGAGUUCCUUGAUGACCAGCACGAAUCGUACAUGCUUCAGGAGCAGCAACCCCGCCGCACAGACAAGAUCGAUAUGCGUGUUCACGCCUGCUUAUACUUCAUCAGACCCACGGGCCACACUUUGAAGCCUCUUGAUAUCGAGGUCAUGAAGCGGUUGAGCUCUCGAGUCAACCUUAUUCCCGUUAUUGCCAAGGCCGACACUCUUAGCCCUACUGAUCUUGCCCGUUUCAAGCAGAGAGUCAAAGCUGUUGUCGAAGCUCAAGGCAUCAAGAUCUACACCCCUCCUAUCGAAGAGGACGACGAGCACGCUGCCGCCCACGCUCGCAGUCUGAUGGCUGCUAUGCCCUUCGCUGUGAUUGGAUCCGAGAAAGAUGUGAAGACCAACGACAACCGGGUAGUAAAGGGUCGCCAAUAUGCCUGGGGUGUUGCUGAAGUUGAGAACGAGGACCACUGUGACUUCAAGAAGCUGCGCUCUAUCCUGAUCCGCACUCACAUGCUUGAUCUCAUCCAUACCACCGAGGAGCAGCACUACGAAGCCUACCGCGCACAGCAGAUGGAAACAAGAAAGUUCGGCGAGGCCAGACCGAGAAAGCUGGACAACCCCAAGUUCAAGGAAGAGGAGGAGGCUCUGCGGAAGCGUUUCACCGAGCAGGUCAAGGUCGAAGAACAGCGAUUCCGCCAGUGGGAGCAGAAGCUCAUUUCCGAGAGAGACCGCCUCAACAAGGACCUGGAGGCCACUCACGCUGCAAUCAAAGCGCUCGAGCAAGAAAUCGAGGCGCUGCAGGGCUCUACCACCCGGAGUCACGGACGCCGUUAAAUUGCUCUGGGGCACCUUGGGUACGGCGACGAAUUUUGAGCGCGCGGUGGAAAAAGGAAAACUGCUUCAAUUUGAUUAAUAUUGUCUAUUCUUGAUUACCCCUCGAGUUUAUUUUCGGCCUAUUUUUUUUUUCUCAGCAUUCGGGGGACAAACAUAUUUGAUCUAGGCCGUUUGAUGCGCUAUCUUCCACUGGUGCAUUUAUUAUGCUGUAUCAUUUCUUUAGCCGCUGGUAGCUAGCGAUGAUCUCGUUACAUCCUUGAUAAUAACCCAUUUGUAUUUUAGUAGCGUGUCAAUACAGAAGUAGUCUUUGUCCAUGG